AUGGAGGAUGCAAAUGUAUCCUUUAACUCAAACCUAACCCUAAACACUCCACACCCCUUUAACCCUCUCUCUCACUCAGCCCCCCUUCCCUCCACCUCUGUCUUUUCUCAUGCAGCACCCCGGCCUUUUCUCGACACUCACUCAACCUCUACCACCCCCACCCCUACGGCGCACCUCUUAUCCCUUUCUCUUCUCUCAUUAUGACGCCUCUUCUUCCUCCAACGAUUUCUGCUCCUUGCAAGAGAUAGAUUCACAAUCUUCAAGCUCUGCUUCUUCCUCUUCUUGCUCCAACGAGUCAACAUAUGCUUCUUCAUGCCCUUCACCUUCAGAUUGCUCCUACUCCUAGAUCUGUCGCCUUCAGAUUUUGGUUAUUAUGGUUGCCCUUUUUUUUCGAUAUAUAUUACAAACAAACUUAGAUGUCCCAUACCUUGCUGCUGCCAGUGGUCAUUGUUCACCACUUUGAAGCUCUUGUUUGCCACUGAUAGAAACUAUUGACUUGAGGAAGUUCUGUGCUUUAACAGUUUGAAUUCAAAAAAAUGGCCACUGCCACCACUCGCUCCACUGUCUAUGCAGGGCGCCGCUUUUUCUCUUCUAUUGCCAGCAGCCAUAACAAUAGCCAUAAAGACACCCAUAAAUUCUUGGAGCCUAACUCCUUCGUUGGUAGCUGGAAAGUGCCAAAGAACCCAAAAGAGGCAGAGGCACAACUAGCACGACUGAGGAGGGAGUAUGGGAAACAAGUGAAAGAGGUGCGCAAGGACUACAUAAGGGAAAUGGAGUUGAUGCGCCUCGAGAAGCAGAGGCAGGAUGAAGCUAGAAAAGAGGCCACUAGGGUUGCAAAUGAAAAGCGCAAGAAGUUAAAAGCAGAAGCUGCUAAAGCUAGAGCUGAGGAGCGCAAGAUUGCUGAAGAGGAAUUUCGUCAAAUGCUGUUGAAAGAAAGAAGUGCAAAGCUUGAAUUUUGGAGGAUGAAAGAACAACACAAGGAAGAGUACAAGAAAGAGAAGAAAGAACAAUUGCGACGACAAAGCUCCAUAUGGAUUGAUGAAAUUAACAUAGAGAAGAGGACAAUAGAAGCCAUGGUUGAUAUAUCACUGUUGUGAGUUCCUUUCAUUUUCAGUUUGAAUCUUUUCUUGACAAAUGAAAAUUCAAACUCACAACUUGAUUUAGAAAUAAGUAGGGCUUGAUACAUCCUUAAGUUAUUUGGAUUUUAUGAAUUGUUCUCAUAUCAAGCGUUUGUAUUUUUUUUAUAGUGGUUUGUGUUUUUGAAUUGUUCUCGUAA